ACGUAUUCCGGUGGAACGGAGAAUAGUCGGAGUGUUUUAAUAGGCGCUCCGAUAUAUGCAGUGAACACGAAGCUUCUUUCUAUUUUCCUUAGAAUUUUCAAAUAAUUUAAAGUCCAAUUCUCUACCUCGGUUCGAUAACAAUGGCAGGGAACUUCUGGCAGAGUUCACAUUACCUGCAGUGGGUGCUGGAUAAGCAGGACCUCCUGAAAGAGCGUCAGAAAGACCUGAAGUUCCUCACAGAGGAGGAGUACUGGAAGCUGCAGAUAUUUUUUGCCAAUGUGAUCCAGGCUUUGGGAGAGCACCUGAAACUCCGACAGCAGGUCAUCGCCACGGCAACCGUUUACUUCAAACGCUUUUAUGCUAGGUACUCUCUGAAGAGCAUCGACCCAGUGUUGAUGGCUCCUACCUGUGUGUUUCUAGCAUCUAAAGUUGAGGAAUUCGGUGUUGUUUCAAACACCCGCCUUAUUUCUGCAGCCACGUCUGUGUUGAAAACGCGAUUCUCGUACGCCUUUCCUAAGGAGUUUCCAUAUCGGAUGAACCAUAUCUUGGAAUGUGAGUUCUACCUCCUGGAGCUUAUGGAUUGCUGUCUGAUCGUGUACCAUCCCUACAGACCUUUACUGCAGUACGUGCAGGACAUGGGGCAGGAGGACAUGCUCCUGCCACUCGCAUGGAGGAUCGUGAACGACACGUACAGAACAGACCUGUGCCUGCUCUACCCUCCCUUCAUGAUAGCUCUGGCAUGUCUGCACGUGGCAUGCGUAGUGCAGCAGAAGGACGCUCGGCAGUGGUUUGCUGAGCUCUCUGUGGACAUGGAUAAGAUCCUGGAGAUUAUUCGUGUAAUCUUGAAGCUGUAUGAUCAGUGGAAGAACUUUGAUGACCGGAAAGAAAUGCCAACCGUGCUAAACAAGGUGCCUAAACCCAAGCCACCGCCCAACAGUGAGAAUGAGCAGAGCGCUAAUGGGAAUCAGAGCAGCUCGUACAGCCAAUCCUGAAGCUCCUCCUGUUGGAGCAGACAGCUACAUGGACACAGAGAGCCCCCCCCACACACACACACACUGCAGCACAACACAGAGCUCUGCUCAAGUCAAAGUAUGUUUGUUUUA